CAGUACAAACAUAUAAAAUCUCCUUUUGUUCUGUUUACUUUCUUUUUCCAAGCCUUCACUGCAGUGAGGUCUUUGAGGAGACGGGAGUCCGCUCAGAGUUCGAAUCCCUCCUGAGCAUCCGGCAGCAGCACAACCUCCCAGGUGCUUUUGGUAUGUCCGACAUGUACAUCAUCAGCCCCCUCACAUACGAAAUCAACUUCUGCACCCAGGAGUGCCUGCGCUGUGAGUGGCUGGAGCUAACCAAGACUAGCUCCACUACUCCUAUCACUAGCCGCCUAGCCAGGCUUCUGCUUCACGGCCUGAACCAGGGCUUCGACAAGAUUGACCUGGCUAUGGAGGAGCUGCCAGCUGUCUACUCAGGGAGGUUCUACCAGCCGUACCACAGGGUGCUGCCUCCAGGACCUGCCUAG